CCUACUUGAAGCAUCCGGGAACCUCGCCAUAGUAGUAGACAUGGCGGGUAUGAGCCUCGCUAAAUGACGAAAUAAAUUUUGUUUGCUAAUAAGAAACGUGUUAAUUUCGUAAAAAAAGUGUUCAUACUAAAAGACUAAUUAAGUUAUAUUGGAUUAGGACAAAAAUGCAGAAUGUUGGACAGUCUGAAAACCGAAAUAUCGAUAAGGUGAAUGUGCAACUUGAUGUGGUAAAAUCGUCCACUCCUCAAAGUUCGGCUUCAAGUCCGGCCAAAUCUGAAACCGAAACGUAUUCAGGAGCGCCUGCCAAAUACAUGACGGACUCUUCUGAAAGCGAGGAUGAUUCUGUAUCCGAGAUCUUGCUGGCUUGUUUGUGCCUUAGCAGGCCAGACCUGUUGGUGGAGAUGGAAGAGGAGGGUAGCGGUGCAGACUCAUCCAAGUUUUUACUGUCUCACGAUGAUCCUGAGAGAGGUGAGGAUCCCGAAAUGAAGGCCAGACUCGAAACCCUGUUUGAAGUUGCUGGCUUUAACAAGCUUUCGGCGGGCGAGGGCAAGCACCUCGCGGACCCUGAGGUGCUGCGGCGGCUGACGUCGUCGGUGUCGUGCGCGCUCGACGAGGCGGCCGCCGCCCUCACGCGCAUGCGCAGCGACCAGCCGCCCCCGCACCACCGGCACCACCACCAGGACAAGCCCACACAAUGCGGUUCAACGGCAACGGGCACGACGCCCAGUGCGGGUGCGAGUGCGGGCGCGGGUACGGGCGCAGUGGGCGCGGACGGGGCGCCCUCCCUGGCAGAGGCGUGCUCGGACGGCGACGUGGGCACGGUGCGCAAGUUGCUCACGGAGGGCCGCUCCGUCCACGAGACUACGGAGGAGGGCGAUUCGCUCCUGUCCCUCGCCUGCUCCGCCGGGUACUACGAGCUGGCGCAAGUGCUGCUGGCCAUGCACGCCAGCGUCGAGGACCGGGGGAUCAAGGGCGACUGCACACCCCUGAUGGAGGCGGCGAGCACCGGCCACGUGGACAUAGUGCGGCUGCUGGUGGCGCACGGCGCGGACGUGAACGCGGUGUCGGGGUCGGGCAACACGCCGCUCAUGUACGCGUGCGCCGGCGGCCACGAGGAGUGCGUGCGCGCGCUGCUCGACCACGGCGCCCACGUCGAGGACCACAACGAGAACGGCCACACGCCGCUCAUGGAGGCCGCGUCGGCGGGCCACGUGGGCGUCGCGAAAAUCCUCCUCGAGCACGGCGCUGGCAUCAACACGCACUCUAACGAGUUCAAGGAGUCGGCCCUCACGCUCGCCUGCUACAAGGGCCACCUCGACAUGGUGCGGUUCCUGCUGGCGGCGGGCGCGGACCGCGAGCACAAGACGGACGAGAUGCACACCGCGCUCAUGGAGGCGAGCAUGGACGGACACGUGGAGGUCGCCCGCCUGCUGCUCGACUCCGGCGCACAGGUAAAUGUGAACAUGCCAACGGACAGCUUCGAGUCGCCGCUGACGCUGGCGGCGUGCGGCGGCCACGUGGAGCUGGCGAUGCUGCUGCUGGAGCGCGGCGCCAACAUCGAGGAGGUCAACGACGAGGGGUACACGCCGCUCAUGGAGGCCGCUAGGGAAGGUCACGAGGAGAUGGUCGCGCUGCUGCUGGGUCAGGGCGCGGCGAUCAACGCGCAGACCGACGAGACGCAGGAGACGGCGCUGACGCUGGCCUGCUGCGGCGGCUUCCUCGAGGUGGCCGACUUCCUCAUCAAGGCGGGCGCGGACGCCGAGCUCGGUGCAUCCACCCCGCUCAUGGAGGCCUCGCAGGAGGGACAUCUGGAGCUUGUGCGGUACCUACUCGGCGCGGGCGCUGACGUGCACGCUCAGACGCAGACUGGCGACACGGCGUUGACGUACGCGUGCGAGAACGGGCACACGGACGUCGCGGACGUGCUGCUGCGGGCCGGCGCCGCGCUCGAGCAUGAGAGCGAGGGAGGCCGCACACCGCUCAUGAAGGCGUGUCGCGCGGGACACCUGUGCACCGUGCAGUUCCUUGUCGGCAAGGGUGCGGACGUGAACCGCACGACGGCGAACAGCGACCACACGCCGCUUUCGCUGGCGUGCGCGGGCGGGCACGCGGACGUCGUCAAGUUCCUGCUGGCGUGCGACGCGGACCCCUUCCGCAAGCUCAAGGACAACUCCAGCACGCUCAUCGAGGCGGCCAAGGGCGGACACACCGCGGUCGUGCAGCUGCUGCUCGACUACCCGCACUCCGUCAUGCUGCCAAGAGGGAACACGGGCGCGGAGGAGAGCGAAACCCUGAGCUCGGAGCAAGCGGCGGCGCUGGGGCUGACUCACGCCCCCGCGCCCAGCGUGUUCGAGGGCCGGAGUCUCGUCCCGCAGCACCAGCAGCAUCCCCAGCAGCAGCGGCCGCAGCACCCGCACGUCCACGUCCACCCCCAGGCCGCGCUGCCCCUCCUCGAGCCCAAGCCCGACAUGCCGCCUCACGUUGCCAAGGCCUAUUUAGACGGUUUCGUGUUCGGUAUAAACUCGGGCAUAGCGGCGGGCAACGCGGCGCCGGCGGCGGGCGCGGGCAAGCACAAGUGCGCGCGCAAGCAGCGGCCCGCCGCGCCCCACUCCGACCACCACCUGCCGCCCCCGCCGGACAUAACCGACGACCCAAGACCUGAUGUGUUCAGUGGACAGAGGAUUGACUCACUGCCAGAGACUGAAAGAAGCAUUCUCGAAUUAGCCGACGAUUCAGAUGCGUCACUUUACCCGCCCGCUACACCGCCGUACCCCCCACCUCAGCAACUAUUUCCAGUGCAGCAACUAGCCACCAGCCUUAACCAGCAACAGUUGCAGGAGCUGCAACAGCAGCAAUUGCAACAGUUGGCAGCCCAACAACAGCAACAGCAAAAGAAGCAGCAGCAACAACAACAGGUGCAGCAACAACAAGUGCAGCAGCAACAACAACAGCAGCAGCAACAACAACAGCAGCAGCAACAACAACAACAACAACAACAGCAGCUGCAACAACAACAGCAGCAGCUGCAACAACAACAACAGCAGCAACAACAACAACAACAGCAGCAGCAGCAAUUACAACAGCAGCAGCAGCAAUAUGUACAAGACAUGCAGCAGAGGCCUGAGGCGUACAUGCCACAGGUGGGCGAGGAGACGGGCGGGUGCGUGGAGGAGCGCGACCUUGGCGCGGUGCUGGCGUACCUGCAGCGCGAGGUGCCGUCGCUCGUCGCGCUACCGCCCAACGAACUACGCUCGCUUGUGCUACAGGUGAUGCAGCAGAAGUCGCACGAGAUCCUCACGGGCAAGUGUGAGCCCGCCCCCGAGCCGGCGCCCGCGCCUGCGUCGGACGGCGACGCACGACGCUUGCUCGCCGCCGCCGAGGAGGCGCUCGCAGCCGACUGGCCGCGAGACCACGCCGAUAUCGCGGGUGCGGAGUGCGGGUACCGCGUGCGGCCGCCGUCGCCUGGCUCGGCGGGUGCGGGCGAGUUUCCCGCGGGUGCGGACGCGACGCACGAGCCGCAGCCGUUCGCGCUCCCCCCGCCCACUCUCACCUACGACGACUAUAGAUCGGCGGCGUACGCGGGCGCGAAUGCGGGUAACGUGGCGGCGGGGGUGGGGUCGGAGGCGGGCACGCCGCUGUCGACGCCCCCCGCACAGCAACACAAACGCGACCCGCCCACCAACCCACUUAAGAAGAAGCGAGCGCGUGCGCCGGGACGUCGCGAGACGUUCGCGGGGGCGGCGCCGCCGCAGCCCGCGCCCGCAGCGUACUCGGCGAUGGACGUGGACGGCGAGACGGACUCGAACCACGACACGGCGCUGACGCUCGCCUGCACCGGCGGACACGAGGACCUCGUGGAGCUGCUGCUGAGCCGCGGCGCCGACAUCGAACACCGAGACAAGAAGGGUUUCACCCCCCUUAUUCUGGCGGCGACGGCGGGCCACGAGAAGAUCGUGGAGAUCCUGCUCAACCACGGCGCGGACAUCGAGGCGCAGUCGGAGCGGACCAAGGACACGCCCCUGUCGCUAGCGUGCAGCGGCGGCCGGUACGAGGUGGUGGAACUCAUACUGAGCCGCGGCGCUAACAAGGAGCACCGCAACGUCUCCGACUAUACCCCGCUGUCGCUCGCCGCGUCUGGUGGAUACGUCAAUAUCAUCAGACUGCUGCUGCAUCACCAGGCGGAGAUAAACUCUCGCACGGGGUCGAAGCUCGGCAUCUCACCGCUGAUGCUGGCGGCGAUGAACGGUCACACGGCGGCCGUGCGGCUGCUGCUCGACUGCGGCUCCGACAUCAACGCCCAGAUCGAAACCAACAGAAACACCGCGCUCACGCUUGCCUGCUUCCAAGGACGAAACGAGGUGGUAUCCCUUCUUCUGGACCGCAAGGCGAACGUGGAGCACCGCGCCAAGACGGGCCUCACGCCGCUGAUGGAGGCGGCGAGUGGCGGCUACGUGGAGGUGGGGCGGGUGCUGCUCGACAAGGGGGCGGACGUCAACGCCCCGCCCGUGCCCUCCUCCCGCGACACCGCCCUCACCAUCGCCGCGGACAAAGGGCACACCAAGUUCGUGGAGCUGCUGCUGCAGAGGCGAGCAGCGGUAGAGGUUAAGAAUAAAAAAGGCAACUCCCCGUUAUGGUUAGCGGCGAACGGCGGACACCUCGCGGUGGUCGAGAUGUUGUACGCCGCCGGCGCCGACAUCGACUCACAGGACAACAGAAAGGUGUCGUGCCUUAUGGCCGCCUUCCGUAAAGGCCACACCAAAGUGGUGAAAUGGAUGGUCGGUGUUGUUACACAGUUCCCCUCAGAUCAGGAAAUGACAAGGUACAUUUGUACACUCUCGGACAAGGAAUUACUGGAGAAAUGCCAGGAGUGCGUGCGCGUGAUCCGCGCCGCAAAGGAGACGCAGGCGGCGCGCGCCAAUCAGAACGCGACUAUACUGCUCGAGGAGUUGGACGCGGAGCGCUGUCGCGAGCAGUCGCGUCGCCAGGCCGCCGCGCGACGCCGCGAGCGCAAAAAGAAGAAGAAGAUGGAGAAAAAGGUUUGUGAUAAGGAGGAGAGGCGUAAACUCCAAGCGGAGAACGAGAAGAACUCGAUAUACAGCGACAAGACGCUGGGCGAGUGCUCGGAGGGCGGCGACGGCGACGACGAGCCCGUACCCAAGGAGGAGGGCGACUCCGGCAUCGACGCCAACUCACAGGGUUCCUGUUCCUCGUCGGACGUGAAGGCACCCCCCGUUCAAAGCACUAAAUGCAAGAAAAAGAAAAAGGAAGAAAAGGAGAAAGUCACCUCUGUGCCUGCACAACCAGCGCCCAAGAAGCAACCUGAAAAAGUAAAAGUAAAAACAGAAACAAAAACUGAACCUGUGAAGACGGACAAGAAACAGGAGAAAGAGAACGUAGCGCCCUCACCGCCCGCCACCCCCGCCGCUCCCGCCGCCGCCGAACGACGGCCAGACAAGAGAGACAAAAAACCGGAAGAGGACACUAAAAACCUGACAGUCCAGAAUGUAGCCAAAUAUGGCAACAACUCUAGAAAGAGCCAAGUUUUCGAAUCCACCAGGCAUAACGUGGACAAAGAAGAUGCCGAUACCUCAGAUAAAAACAAGAAGCUGCAUAAUUAUCAAUGGGAGGCAGAGGCCAAGGCAACGUCGCCGAAGAGCGGCAGCGCGAGCGCGGUGGCUUCGCGACGCGAGGACGGCUGGAAGGAGGUCGUGCGCAAAUCCAGCGUGCAGACAAUUUCUGCUGUCGAGCCUGGAUGUAAGAAAGUGUGCGUCGCAUCGCACGCUAUCUCGCGCGUGAUAGGUCGCGCGGGCACCAACAUCAACGCGAUCCGGUCCGCCACGGGCGCCCACAUCGAAGUCGACAAACAGGGCAAGGGACAGGGCGAGAGAGUUAUUACUAUCAAGGGAUCAGCGGAAGCGACGAAGCAGGCGGCGAGUCUGAUCGCUGCCAUGAUUCGUGACCCCGAGGCUGACAUCGCUCAGCUACUACCGCGCGCUAAGCUGCCCGCGCCCGCUGCGCCGGCAGCCCCGCCCAAACCGCCGAAACAACCCGCUGCUAAGGUGAGCAGUAGCAGCGCGGCUCCGGCUAGUGCCGCCAUCGGCGUCGCGGGCAGCCGCGCCACGCCGCCCGCGCGCACGCCCGCCAAGCCGCACGCCGCGCCGCGACCGCCCUCGCGCCCGCACGCACACGACGUGAUUGCAGGCGUGCCCGUGACUGAGAAGCGAGUGAGCGGCACGAGUGCGAGCGUGAGCGGCGCGAUCAAGAGCGGCGCGUUGACGUACACGGGCGCGAUAGUGGGCGCGCGCGGACACACCUUCGCCGCCAAACUCACCGCCACGCCCCCCGCUGACGCCAAGCCGAGGGUGCCGCCUCAGACGGUGAGCGCCGGCAGCGGGUGCGGGUCAGCGUCGCCGCUGCGAGCACGUGAAUCACCGCCUUCACCGCCGCGCGCCGAGGAGGAGCGCGCGACCGACGCGCUGCAACUCAGCCCAGACACUAGCUGGAACGACGAACCCGUUAACGCGACGUCCGCGCUGCAUAUUAAUACUACACCACAGGGUGCGGGCGCGCACAGCGGCAGCGGGGGCGGCAGCGGCGGCGCGCCGGAGUACUCGCUGUUCAAGGACCUGUCCGUGUCGGCCAGCGCCGCCUGGGCCGACGCGCACGUCGAACCGCCACCGCCACAGGUGGACGCGAGCAAGGCGCCAGGGUACCGCGGCGCGGGCGGGGGCGGGUGCUCGCCGUGCUCCCGCACCUCGUCGCACGGCUCCACGCCGCCACCGCAGCAGUACCACCAUCCUAUGCCGAUAGGCAACGCCGUAAACGCUAUGGACAUGAGUGGAUUAUCCCGGAAUGGACCCAUAUACCAGGACAACUCGAGAAAUGGACACAACAUGAUGCAGGUUUCGAUGUCCGGCGGCGUGAACAUGAACGUAGCCAGCAUGAGCGCUGCCAGCAUGAGCGCGGCCAGCAUGAGCGCUGCCAACAUGAGUGCGGCCAGCAUGAGCGCCGCGAACAUGAACGCGGCUAGCAUGAGUGCCGCGGGGAUGGGGUCGGCCAACAUGGGCGCCAACAUGAGCGCCGCCAACAUGGGCGCCGCCAACAUGAGCGCGGCGAGCAUGAACGCCGCGCUGGGGCUGGGCUACGUGGGCGUGGAGGGCGUGUCGCGGCUCAACCCGCGCGCGCCGGACUUCGCCCAGCGACACCCGCUCCUGCAGCAGCAGCAGCAGCAGCACAAACACGCCGCACAGCUAUUCCCGGGCGUGAGCGGCGCUAACAACCUGAGUUCGCUGCUGUUGUCUUACCAGCAGACCGCGCCCAAGAUGCACGCGCCGCCUCAUCAUCCCUACCAGUCCCUACUGGAGCGCGGCGUGGGAGUGGGUGUGGGCGUAGGCGGCGUGGGCGUGGGGUGGGGCGAGGAGGAGGAGCGCAAGCCCCGCCCCAUCGGCACGGAGCGCGCGUGGAAGCUCACCGCCGCCGACGACUGGCACCCCCACCACCACCGCACCGACCACGAUAGAUACAAGCAACAAGGCGCUCACAACGUGGGCAUGUCAAGCGGAGCGGAGUACGGCGCGGGGGGCGCGGCGGGGACGGGCGGGGCGGCGACGGCGGCGGCGCUGUCGCUGAUGCACGCGCUGCCACUACACUACCUGCCGCCCGCUGAGCCGCCGCACUGGGACCAGCCGCCGCACCAUACGCCUGAUAAACAGCAAGCCUGGAGCAAGUGGACUCACUAGGCCGCAGCCGCCGUAUAUAUAACUGUAACCCUUGGAAACGGUGUAGAUAUUAGUGACAAAGAAUUAUAUUAUAAAGAUUACCUAUAUACAUAAUAGAGAAAUGUCCUAUGGAGACCAGCGCGCACGGCCGAAGCGGGCGUCGCCGUUAGACAAAUUAUAGUUGUUAGAGGCGCCGAGAGCGAGUAGCGCGCCUCCGUAGAGCUGGAUGCGAUUCGCCGCUGCCUGUUUUGAGUUGCCGCGCGGGCGCCGCCCCUGCCGCCGCCCGCCUCUAUUAUACAUAUUUUACACUAUAUUAUGGCAUAAUACGAUAUGAUUCAGUGAGAUGCGCUCGAACGUGACCGAUUAUUAAACGUGUAUUAAUAAAUUUGCUUGUACAUGAAGAUUAAAUAUCAUAUAUUGAUGCACUGUA